AGCUUAGUGUCCUAGUCGUGCAGAAGCUCAAGCGAGAAUAUACAAAAUGGAGGAUGUAGUUGAAACAUUGGGUGUGGUUGAGAAUACCAUUGGGACCAUAACAUCAUUACCAAUCUGGAACAACAGAACGUAUCGAAAACACGACGCCUGUGUAGUAGUCUCUGUCGUGUUGUCGAUCUUCUUCGAAAUGCCGAUCAUGAUCUGUGGUGUAUACUUGAUGAGGUACAAAGGCACCAUCGACUGGGACCAGCAAUUCUUUGAACUCAUGUUUCAAAUAUGGUAUAUUGUGAACCUAAUGAUUCAGAUCACUUUUGGUUUUGCCGAUAAAGUAUACUAUUGGAAGUGUUGGGGAGUCGUCUUUGUCGCUCCUCUCUCGUACGUCAUUGCCUGCUUACCAUACGCGUUUGUAAUCAUACCGAUGUCUGGAUGGCACUGGUUUGAAACGUUAUCUGGUUAUUACAACAACAGCCAAAACUUCAUCCAUGGGACAUUCAACUCUACUGACACACAUAACAUGUUGGAAUUCUUGAUCGUGUCUGGCUUUGUUGGUCAGUGGAUAUGGAGCAUCAUUCUUGCUAAUAUACCAUUAAUUGCUGCAGUUAAAUUUCUUUUAUAUAUUAAACAUAAAUACGGAAGAGUGGAGCCGGAAGAUAUAUAACGAGUCCAAUGUAUUGGACAUUUAGCGAAUUUUUUUUUUCUUUUUGCACCUCCUUGGCUGGUCAACACAGAUAUCCUAACUGACUAUACUAUUCAUUGCUGUAAAGCCUGCAGGAAAUUUGAUUUUUCUUAGAGGAGUUUUGCACACCAGUUUUGAAACCUUUAAUUUAGUAUUCUAAAAUAUUUAGGAUACUACGCGCGCUGUGAUUGGUCGAA